CAAGUGUUAAAGGAGGCAAAGGAUUGUCCCCGGCGAACUUGACGACGGAAAGUGGAAUGGAGGCAUUUUCUCUAAGCGUUACAUCAACACACUUAACUUGGAACAGCUCCACUUCAGUGGAAGGACACGUGCGGGGGCUUCAUUGACAGACCAUUAAAUAACAGUCAGCAAUGUGCGUCAUACUCUGAUUAUACAGCCUCAAGCUGGCACCAAGCUCAAGUGGAUUCGUGGACAGUGUUUCGGCUUGUAAUAUGUAAAGUACGUUGGAGUUAAAUCUAAACAUUUCAUGCUGUACAUGCUUAAGAACUCUCUUUAUUUUACUUCAUGCCGACAUAAUCUUCCAUGGUGUCAACUGUCAGUCAACAGCCUUACGAUGUCGUGUGCGUGUUGAUUUCAAAACAAUACCGCUGAAGAGGCGAAAUUGGGAUGGUUUAUUAAUUUAUUUGGAAUGUAUUGGCGUAUAUAACCUGCAGGGCCUGCUUUUCAUCAGUAGAGAUUGAGAAGCCUCAAGGAGUUUUGGCAUACUGAAAAACGAGAACAUAAGGCUUAAACAUUGUGCUGGAAGAGUAAUUAUAGGGAAUUCUGGUAGUACAACUAUCUUGCGGAUUCUGUUCGACUUAUUAAGUGUAUGAGAGCUCUGUGGGAGUUAUUACUCGGGGUCUUCAUCUUUCCUAAUCAAACAACCGAAAUGAACUUACCGGAGCCCGAAAGCGAAUAUUCUUCUACCCCAGAACCGGAAUCUGAAACAACAUCGGAACCGGAGUCAGUGUCAGAAUAUUUAAAUUCUUCACCUGAACCCGAGUCUGAAUAUCUCAGCACGGAAGCUGAAUACAGUUCCACAUCUGAACCUUUGUCAGAAUAUCACAGCCCGGAACCAGAAUACAGCUCCACAUCUGAACCUUUGUCAGAAUAUCACAGCCCGGAACCAGAAUACAGCUCCACAUCAGAACCUUUGUCAGAAUAUCACAACCCGGAACCAGAAUACAGCUCCACAUCUGAACCUUUGUCAGAAUAUCUCACCCCGGAACCAGGAUACAAUGCCACAUCUGAACCUUUUUCAGAAUAUGCCUCGUCUGAACCCUUCUCAGAGGUCUUUCGUCCUGAACCAGAAUUUAACUCAACGUCGGAACCGUUUUCAGAAUUCUAUGCACCUGAAUCAGAAUAUACCAGUCCCGAACCAUAUACAGAACCAGUGGCCGAACCAGAAGGAUGGCCGGAACCGGGCCCAAACUGGCAGCAGUCAUACCUGGAAUGGCGCGAGGCAUGGCCCCUGCAUGUGUAUAUAUUCGGACUGAUUUAUAUUUCUGAUGUUUUCGGGAUUCUCCUAAUCUCGGCCAUGUUCGCGGGCAACAAAGGUCAGCGCAGAAGCAAGACCACCAUUGCCCUGAAUGCAAUGAUCAGCUUCUUUGGUGGAACUCGUGCGCUGAAUCUGUUCUUGGACCCUUAUUCUUCUACAAACUCCGUCCCUUUUCUCUUCUCACACAUGCUGUGGUCACUAGGAUUUCCCGGACUGACGGCGUCAUUUAGUAUAGUACUCCUCAUCCUGUUGGACACCACAAAGAUGGACAUCGCUCCCCCGAAAUUCCAGAAGCUCGGCAAUAUCAUCCUCAUCACGACCAUCCAUUUCAUCAUCGUCUCUGUCGUUGACGUCCUUGUCAUGUUUUUCGGGGCUCAGGUGAAGGCUCUGCUCGUGUUCUGUCAGAUCCUGUUCGUCAUCUAUGGCUUGGUGCUGGCUAUAGGAUUCUCCUAUGCAGGCUACAUGAUCAAGAGGAACCUCAGCGCAUCUGACGGAGUUAAAGACGAGCAAACUCUGCGUCUUCUGCGACUGACCAAGACGAUCUACAUCUCCGCCUUCGUCUCUUUUUCCAUCUGCGUCACCAACCUCUACUCCGCCGUCUCUGACUUUGGCGUGUUCAGCACCAAGGGCUUCGUGGAGUCAUGGCCGUGGUGGAUAUUGCAAACAGUGCUGAGGUUGGAGGAAAUAGCCGCGUCCUUGGUAGUACUGACCAUCUUCAUCAAGACGUCCCCAACGAAGACACUUGUCGGCUACUUCACCCAUCUGUGUCCCAGGAGGUCAAACAGCAUCAACACUUCUCUCAAAGAAAAGGACAUUUCUGAACAGCAGUACACAGAGACGACACAAGUACCGAAAAAGGUGGCAUGGAUACCGACAACAGACACUGAUCGGCAUCGGGAAGAGUACUGUUGAGUCCAUACUGGCACACCAUGUUGGUGAGUUGGACAGCCAGUGGUAUCAGAGAGGCAAAUAGGUUCCUACUCUGUCUAAAGACGGCAACAGCAUCAUAUUCCCUAAUGGGUCCCUGAGUGAGGAUGUUUAGAGGUCAGAUUGAUAUCAAAGAAGGUUCUCUUAUUUUACCUACUUCAGUUUUAAUCUCUUUGUGAUAUUAUCAUUUUAGAAAGCUCACAUUUGGCCACCUGAAGAACUCAGUUAUCCUUCAUGUAGAUUGAGCGGUCAAAUUCCCCUGCAGUAUGAGUGAGUGAGUUUAGCUCUACGCCGCACUCAGCAAUAUUCCAGCUACAUGGCGGCGGUCUGUAAA